AUGUCUGAAGCUCAGGUUCCUGUUUGGCUGGAUUGUGAUCCAGGUCAUGAUGACGCUUUCGCCAUUCUUCUGGCAGCCUAUCAUCCUCAGAUCAGAUUGCUCGGCGUCUCAACGGUCUUUGGGAAUGCAUCUCUUGAAAACACAACGCAUAAUGCUGCCUCUAUUCUCACCGCCAUUGGUAUGCAUGAUAUUCCUCUCUAUAUCGGCCUGGGUAAGGCUCUUGAACGUCCUGCCCUUCAUGCACCAACGGAUAUCCACGGUGUUUCUGGCUUAGAUGGCACCGACCUUCUUCCUGAGCCACUUGUGACCCCAUCUCCUAUCCCGGCUGUUGAGGCAAUGGCAGAGGCCCUGCGUGCUCAACCCCCUGGUACAGCGUGGAUUGUUGCAACUGGUGCGCUGACGAACGUUGGGGCUCUGCUCCGUGCGUAUCCAGAGCUUACCAGUCACAUUAAGGGUAUCAGUCUUAUGGGAGGCUCUAUUGGCGACAAUUUCUCAGAUGCACCGCUCGGCGAAGUUGAUGGUCGCCCUAGAAUCGGAAACUACACGCCUUGGGCUGAGUUCAACAUCCUCGUUGACCCAGAAGCUGCUGCUACGGUGUUCCAUACCAAAGAGAUCGCUGCUAAAACUACGAUUGUGCCCCUGGAUCUCAGCCAUCAGGUGUUGGCGACGUCGGAGGUGAGAGAGAUGCUGCUGUAUGGCCCUGAUGCUGAGCGGACAGGUCCCGGGAAGACCACUCUCCGUACCAUGCUUGUUGAGCUCCUUUACUUCUUUGCUCAAACAUAUGCUGAUACCUUCGGUAUUACCGCUGGACCCCCUCUGCAUGAUCCUAUUGCUGUUGCUGCUGUACUUGUCGGCACCGAAAAUGAGAUUCCCUUCCUCGAGUGGGACGCCAAGCACAGCCAGCCCCCUGAACAUAAUGAACGCUUCGAAGUCACAGUCAUAACUGAGGGCACGUUUGAAGAGGCUAAGGAGGGUAAGCAGACCGGUCGCACAUUGGCCAAGUUGCUUCCACCAGGUCAACAAGGUGUUAAAAUUCCUCGGGGAGUCGACACUGCCAAAUUCUGGCAGGUUAUCGAAGAGUGCAUUGAGCGAGCAGAUGCAAAAAAUGCUGCUCUUGCGCUUGCGAAGUAG